AUGACAUUUUGCAAUGAAAUAAGUAAGAAACUACCGGUUUGGAUAAAUUUAUCUCCAGGAUUGAAUUUUAAUGAUUCAAUGAAGUAUGUUGUUGAAUCUUAUGCUAAUUUAACUGAUAUUUUUGAGAAGCCACCCGAAAAUAAUACAGUUAACAUUAAUAAUGAUUAUCAUUUGAUCAGAAAUCUUCCUAUCAAUGGUGGAACUACUUUCCAUUUGCGUGCAAGUAAUUAUUCGGGAAAUUUAGAUACAUAUUCUCAGAUUUCGCAAAUGUAUAAUCCAAAAAUUUUUAAAAUUAACUUUACUUACUCACUGACAUCGAAAAAGACAACCCCUACUCUUACUGCCUAUUAUUCUAAAUACUGUGUACGCGUUUUCAAAGGAAAAGAAAUGAAUUUGUUCGAUAUUAUUUUUAAAAAUCGAUUUUCAAACUUUCAUAAGUUUACACAAGAUGAAUUCUUAAACAUUACCAAUCAUUCCAAUGGAAUGAUACUUCUUACUCCAAAUUCUGUUUUAUCUAAAAUGGAAAUCGAAAGACUGAACCUUGCAAAUAAGAUAACAUGUGGGAGAUUCGUUUCUGGCUGGAUAAACCGUAAAGAAUGUGAUCUUGGAUCUAUUUUAGGAGCAGGAAGUUACACAAGAUCAGAAAUUGUAAUUAUCAAUAGAGAUAUUGAUAGAAAAUUUAUUAUAAACACAAGGAUGGCCUUAAAUGACUUCAAAUAUUAUGUGAAUGAUGCUUUAACCAACAUAAGAGGCAUGAAAUACCCAGAAAAUUCGCAAAAACGCGUGGAAGUUCAUUACAGGAAGUCAUCAAUUAUACUUUCACUUAUAACAUCUGUGAUAUUUGCGAUAUUUAUAUACAAAACCGCCAAAACUGGUGAAGUUUGA